AUGGUUUCCUGGGCGAGGCGCUCUAGCCUGCGCAGAUUGAGACGUCGCGGCGGCCUUGCUAGGCUACCGAAGGCUCCGGAGGGUGUCUCGCUGGUCGCGCGGUCGGCUAUGGAGACCCUGCGCAAAGCGCUGAUUGCGGGCGCAGUGCUGGGCGCGGGAGCUGGCGUGGGCACCGCGCUCUUUGUCCUCGUGACCCCGGGAGAGCAGCAGAAGCAGGCGAUGCUGAAGGAGAUGCCGGAGCAGGACCCGCAGCGCAGGGACGAGGCGGCCAGGACCAAACAGCUACUUCUGGCCACUCUGCAGGAGGCAGCGGCCACGCAAGAGAACGUCGCCUGGAGAAAGAACUGGAUGAGUGACGGCGGCGGAAAGUCAGCCUGAGGCCAGACCUGCCCCCGUGCGCGCCGGGACCUCCGCUGCAGCGCAGGAACCCGAGCCGGCCUUA